AUGAGUGAUACAAAAUUUCUUCUAUCAAUUGAUGGAGGUGGAAUUCGAGGUUUAAUUCCUGCCAAAUUUGUCGCUGAAAUCGAGAAAAGAGUUAAUGAUGAAUUAAAAAAAGACAAUCCUAAUAAUACUGACUUAAAAUGUGCCGAAAUAUUUGAUGUCAUUGCUGGAACUUCAACCGGUUCUAUACUUGCUUUGGCAUUUGCAAAACCAGAUCCUAAUAAUAAUAAUCGUCCACAAUUCGAUGGUCCUUUCAUGGUGGAUUUUUUCAAAAAACAUAAAGAUGAAGUCUUUCCCAGUUUUACUCCUUUCACUAUUGUUAGCGAAAUAUUACAUAUGGCUUCUGAAGUAUUAAACAAAUUUCGUCUAUCCAGUAUGGCUUCCAGUGUCGCUGAAGAAGUCACCAGCGUUGUUGAUCUUGUUAGAAAAGAAACUCUGAAAAUUGAGACUAAACUUACAAAUAAUGACCCUGCAACUAAUGAGACUAAUGACCCUGCAACUAAUGAGACUAAUGUGACUGCAACUACUGAGACUAAUGUGACUGCAACUAGUGAGACUAAUGUGACUGCAACUACCGAGACUGCAAAUAAUGACACUGCAAAAAAAGUUCAAAGAAAAAGUUUUAUUGAAAAGAUUGUCAGUUUUGUAAGUCCCACAAAGGAAAAAUCUGAUUCAAAUGAUGACAAUACCGUUGAUGCUUCCAAAAGUCUUUCUAUUGAUACUUCCAAUGUUGAUGUAACUAAAAGUAAGGCCGAAAAUGAUCAAUCUUUAACGGAACAAUUACAAUAUUUAGAUGACUAUGUAAAAUCUUUUGAUCUUUUGAAUCCAAGAUAUGAUCCAACGCGCUUUGAAGAGUUAUUAGAUGAACAUUUUCAAGAAAAUAAGCUCAAGGAUACUGCAAACAAUGUUGGUGUAUUCAUUACUGCUUUUAAUAUCUCCACCUGUGAACGCACUUUUUUUACAAAUCUUAUCACUAAGAAUGAUGAUGUUUUCAUGAAAGAUGUUGUACGCGCAAGUACUUCUGCUCCUACUUAUUUUCCUGCCAAAGAAAUAUCUUCUAAAUAUUUUGUAGAUGGUGGUGUUUUUAUGAAUAAUCCAACCGCUAGAGCAUAUCUUGAAGCAAGGAGAACGUAUCCAAAUUCGAAAUUUGUGGUUGUUUCCCUUGGUACCGGUAACUACCCAAUAUCUUUAGAGGAUCAUAAAGAUUCCGGUGUUAUUCAAUGGGUCUCUCCCUUAAUUAACCUUUUGAUGAAUAAUGAACUCGGAAAUCAUGAUGAUUCUAUGAAAAUUUUGGCUGACUUGGAUGAUGCAAAAUACUAUAGAAUUCAACCCAUAUUAAAGGAAGACAUAAAUUUAGCUGACACCGAUGAUGAAUCUAUUCAAAAACUUUUUACAUUAGGCGAUGAGGCCAUACAAGAUCCUAGUUUUAAGUUGGAUGAACUAGUUAAUUUACUUGUUGAUAACAUUAGAAAAAAGAACAAUACGCCUGCUGCAUGA